AUGCCGAAACGAUCUUCAACGUCUGAAAUCGGUUCGGAAAAGCUUAGAAAACGAGUCAAAAUGUAUCUCGACCUCGCUGCUGAAUCUAGCGGUGAGCAGGAUGAUACGGAGGACGAUCAGGAUGAUACAGACGAGUCAUUCCUUGACGAUGAUCUCGCGUUACCGACACCAUUGCAAGAUGAGGCAGCAUGGAACAUUAUGGAAGAGUACCUCACCACUAACAUGACAUUCCCUCAAAUGGAGGCAAAGCUUACAUCGCACCUGGGUGUUCGAUAUAUCGAAGCAGAUUGGGCGGAGGCAAGGAAUGCGUUAUUCUCAGCCGACGAAGACACUGCAUCAGCCUUGGACAAUCUUCGCGCCGUCAAGACUCGGCACAUGUCGUCGCUUGCAAGAAUUUCAGGGCCCUCGAGUAGGUCACAGCUCCAGCCUGGAUGUGCUUGGAUGGACAAGAUGGACAUCCUCGGUGAAAAAUUUGCCCCAGUCUACACAAACGAGUUCACACGUGGUGUUUUAAAUCAAUUUGUCGGUGGUGAAAUCACCUCCAGCUACGCGUACGACCGUUUGGAGGUAGAAUUUAGCGAUGACCCAAAGUCAUAUGCUCAUUGGGAGUCUGUGUUGGAUGACAUCACAGCAGCCAACUCUCUUGACGAGAAGCGUGAAAUAUUCCGGAAGUGGACAUCUGACGCACUGUUUGAACCCACAACAAACCCAGUGCGAUUGGAGGACUCUGAUGGAGGAGUAUUCAACCAACCGGCAUUAAGUCUGCAGGGCGCCGGGGUGGCACCAGCGUCCGCCCUCCCAACAUGGCUUAUCACUGUUCCCUCCUCGAAAACGUCUUAUUUAGCAACAUAUUUGAAAGCCAAGGGGUUCCAGGUUUUCAUGCAUUCAACCCUUCCAGGCCGUCGGUGCGUCAAGGCCGAAAACACUCUGAUCAUCAGAGAAGCUUGGCCUUCCUCACACGCCAAUUGUUUUUUCGAUGUCGUCUUUCUCACCACAGCAGCAGAUCAAUCCUCCAGCGGUUCCGACAUAACAAUUCCUGGCUGGUAUCGCCCCACCUGUGGGCGUUAUUGGUCCGAUGUGGGAUAUGGGCAUUUGUAUGAUCCCGAAUCCGAUACUAUGACAUUACUGGUUCCCUCAAGGUCACUCCACGUCCUGAAGGGCGAUAUUGGGAAGGACCCCAGUAUCCCACGCCUGUUCAAACCCCCCUGUGGCGAGACCAUCUAUGAGCAUGGAGGACACACAUACAUCCAUGGCCUACUGUCGUUGAAACUCCGGAGGACCGCAGUUGUUGGGAUCACCAUUCCCACCCCACAGGACAUCCUGAUUCACAAGGAGUCGGGUUGUGAUCCUGCAUUUGUGCAAUCCACUUUGCAUGCAUACGCCUCACAGCACUGGAUGCAAGAUGACUUGGUACAAGUUACAGCGGGGGAACUGCGUAAUUGCCUGGGGAAGAUUUUUUGUGUUGACAUGACGACCCGUUCAGCAUCGGUUUACAUGGAGGAAUCGCAUGUAGAAAAGAUCUCUUCGACACCGCUCAUGUUCCCCAUCGCCAAUCUGAAGAGGAAAGUUCGUGUGGGAGACAAUGUUUGUGUGCUCGCAAAUAGCAUAGAGGCCCUCAGAGGAAAAACGGGAAUAGUUGUUGAAGUCGGCAUCGAAGACUACGACUCCGUUGUGGUGUACAACCACACCUCCCAGUCUCAAGCAAAAUCCAGCAAUUUGAGCCCAGAUGACGCAUUAGCAGCUCAUCAUGACACUCCUACGAAAGGCGACUAUGUAGUCGUGGUCGACGGAAUCUAUCAUCUUCAAUUCGGGGAGAUCACUGAGGUCGAUCUAGUGACGCAGUCGCUCACGUUCCUCUCGAGUGAUUUGGGAAAAAUAUUGGUUCCGAUAAGGGAGACAGCGUUCAAUCCCAAUCCAACCGCCCUUCGAUAUACUAAGGAGCGCGGAUAUGAUGUUGUGGCUGGAGAUACUGUUCGAGUCGUUAGAGGUGAACGACUCCACCUAUCGGGCACGGUACUGCAUGUCGAUUUGGAUAAGAAGAUGUUAACCUUCCAAGUCACGCCUUACACAAAGUUCACUACCUCGAUCACAUAUGUUGCAAGAAUCGGUGGGCGGAGUGACCGAGAUCCGAUGCAGAGCGUUGUCGGUCAAGAGGUUUUCGUCAUCCAUGGUCCUAUGAAAUCCUACAGAGGCACUUUGCACUCGCUCUCCCAGGAUACAUGCAUGGUGACGGUUAUUCAGGGUUCAAGACGGGUGUUUCGCCGAGAACAUGUCGUCAGCCGGACAGGAAUUCUCCUUACCGUGUCGUUUAUCCAAGCCCCACAUGUCUCGCCCCCUCGAACUCCCCGUCAUUCACCUCCCCCUGUUGUUUCGCGUCCUGCUGAUCCUGUGGUCGGAUCAUCCUGGGAUAUGACCGCUGACCAAGUCUUGCUUCACUUGAGUACCGAAGAGUGUACUGCGACUGCCCCUCAAGACUGUUGGACAAUCGACAAAGAUGACUUGAAUGAACCCCAAUCGCUUCCUACCAAUCCUGGUAUGGUCCCAUCUUAUUUCAUUUUCUUUCUGUUCUCAUUGAUCGCAGCAGACAGUCUCGCUGCAAUCUUACACGAUCCCCGUAUCGUUGAAUUGUUUUUUGAUUGGCAUAUGAAGUUCAGAAUAGUGAAGACACAUGCUGCUGUGUGGUACUCAUCAUACCUUGAUCGCCUCAUUGACACGCUCGCCCCGAAUCCGUUCAUACCCCCUCAAGGACCAGUGAAAGAGGGAGAAAUCGCCAUCAGGUAUUCCUCCCGAACGAGUAAUAAGGGGAUGAAAGUGGAUACGAUUCCUCUAGAAGUUCUUGUCCCGGAACCACUGACGGGACCAAAUAAGCUAUUCACUUUGAUACAAGGCGACCAUACUGGGACUAUUCAUACAACAAAGUCUGCUCCGAAAAAAUCCACGGAGAUAAUCACGAUGGAAGGGGAGAAAUUCGCUCGCGCUGAUGCAUGUAUAGUUAUCAAAAGGGAUGGAUAG